AUGUUAGAGGCGGCGAUGUCCACAAUCCAAGAAGAAAUCAACAACGAGGUGGAACGCUAUCAAGCUGCUAUUCAAGCGUGGAACGAGCAACACGUCCGGGUACCGCGUACUCGGAUGUAUAUCCACCGAGACCGUGAACAAGCUGGUUUGCGGCUUUUCAUGGAUUAUUUCUCUGCAGAUCCUCGAUGGAGUGAUCAGAUGUUCCAUCGCCGGUUCCGGAUGCGGAGGCAUGUGUUCCUGCGCGUUGUCAACGCAGUUGUAGCUCAUGACUCGUACUUUAUGCAAACCGUCGAUGUUGUCGGGCGGCAAAGUAUAUCGACUUUGCAGAAAUGCACAUCCGCCCUACGCCAACUCGCUUACCGAACAACUGCAGAUAUGUUUGAUGAGUACCUCCAUGUGAGCGAGCAUACUGGACGCAAUUGCCUAGCUAGAUUUUACCGGGCAGUGGUCGAAGCAUUCAAGGAUACAUACUUGAGAAAACCAACGACCGACGAUGUUCACAGAUUGGUGCGCAUGCACGAGGAGAUUGAAGCCCAAAUAAUUUAA